GGUCGGCGGGCGGCGGGGCCGGGCCGGUCCCUCCCGCGCUUCGGGCUGACGGACGGGCCGGGGCAGCGCCCACCCCGCGCGGGGAGCGCCCCAAGAUGCCGGUCAACAAAUCUGAAAAACCAGAAAAACCUGAAAGCUGUGACAACGUGAAAGUUGUGGUUCGAUGCCGUCCGUUUAAUGAGCGGGAGAAGGCUAUGUGUUACAAACUCUCCGUUAGCGUGGAUGAGAUGAGGGGAACAAUUACAGUGAAUAAAACAGAUUCUGCCAAUGAACCUCCAAAGACAUUUACGUUUGACACUGUUUUUGGCCCAGAGAGUAAACAGCUCGAUGUCUAUAACUUGACUGCAAGGCCUAUUAUUGACUCUGUUCUGGAAGGCUAUAAUGGAACUAUUUUUGCAUAUGGACAGACUGGAACAGGCAAAACCUUUACAAUGGAAGGUGUGCGAGCUGUGCCUGAACUUAGAGGAAUCAUCCCAAAUUCAUUUGCCCAUAUUUUUGGGCAUAUUGCAAAAGCAGAGGGGGACACAAGAUUUCUGGUGCGAGUAUCCUAUUUGGAAAUUUAUAACGAAGAAGUGCGUGACCUGCUAGGAAAAGACCAGACCCAGAGAUUAGAGGUUAAAGAAAGACCUGAUGUGGGAGUUUACAUCAAAGAUCUGUCAGCUUAUGUUGUGAACAAUGCAGAUGAUAUGGAUAGAAUUAUGACGUUGGGCCACAAAAAUCGCUCCGUCGGCGCCACCAAUAUGAAUGAACACAGCUCCCGUUCCCACGCCAUCUUUACGAUAACCAUUGAAUGCAGCGAGAAAGGAGUGGAUGGCAAUAUGCACGUUCGAAUGGGCAAACUGCACCUCGUUGAUCUGGCGGGAUCAGAAAGGCAGGCGAAGACUGGAGCUACAGGGCAGCGGCUAAAGGAAGCAACCAAAAUUAACCUUUCCCUUUCCACCCUUGGCAAUGUAAUCUCCGCUUUGGUGGAUGGGAAAAGUACCCACGUGCCCUAUCGUAAUUCAAAAUUGACCCGUCUUCUUCAGGAUUCCCUAGGAGGCAACUCAAAAACCAUGAUGUGUGCAAAUAUCGGUCCAGCAGACUACAAUUACGACGAGACCAUCAGUACAUUACGGUACGCUAACCGUGCUAAAAACAUCAAGAACAAGGCUAGAAUUAAUGAGGAUCCAAAGGACGCUUUGCUUCGCCAGUUUCAGAAAGAAAUAGAAGAACUCAAAAAAAAGCUUGAAGAAGGUGAAGAAAUCUCAGGCUCCGAUAUCAGUGGAUCAGAUGAGGAAGAUGACGAGGGGGAAGUUGGGGAAGAUGGAGAAAAGCGGAAGAAACGAAGGGGAACUGAAUCGGUCGCGAUGAUGGAAAUAAAUGUACAACUAUACCUGGGCAGCAGCAGUAGUUCAGACUCCACAUGUUCUGUCAUAGAGAAACCUCUGGAUAAUUCCUUGACUAAUCAAACAGGUAAAAAGAAGGUUUCCCCAGACAAGAUGGUGGAGAUGCAAGCUAAGAUCGACGAGGAGAGGAAGGCCCUUGAGACCAAACUCGACAUGGAAGAAGAAGAAAGAAACAAAGCUAGAGCUGAGCUGGAGAGACGGGAGAAAGAUCUGCUUAAAGCGCAACAGGAACAUCAGUCAUUGCUGGAAAAAUUGUCUGCCCUGGAGAAGAAGGUGAUUGUUGGUGGUGUGGAUUUGUUGGCCAAGGCUGAGGAGCAAGAGAAGCUUCUGGAAGAAUCCAACAUGGAGCUGGAGGAAAGGCGGAAAAGAGCAGAGCAACUUCGCAGAGAGCUGGAGGAAAAAGAGCAAGAACGUUUGGAUAUCGAAGAGAAAUACACCAGUCUGCAGGAGGAAGCUCAGGGCAAGACCAAGAAAUUAAAGAAAGUGUGGACGAUGCUAAUGGCUGCAAAGUCAGAGAUGGCAGAUCUCCAGCAAGAACAUCAGCGAGAAAUUGAAGGCCUCCUGGAGAACAUCCGACAGCUCAGCAGGGAACUGAGACUCCAAAUGCUUAUCAUAGACAACUUCAUUCCUCACGACUACCAGGAAAUGAUUGAAAAUUAUGUUCAUUGGAAUGAAGACAUUGGAGAAUGGCAGUUGAAAUGCGUUGCAUACACGGGAAAUAACAUGAGAAAGCAGACUCCAAUACCUGACAAAAAGGAGAAGGAUCCCUUUGAAGUGGACCUUUCUCAUGUGUACUUGGCCUACACAGAAGAAAGUCUGAGGCAGUCUCUGAUGAAACUGGAGAGGCCAAGGACUUCGAAAGGAAAGUCAAGGCCCAAAACGGGGAGAAGAAAGCGCUCUGCGAAACCCGAGGCUCUGAUCGACUCUUUGCUUCAGUAAAUGUCACACACCCAAAGUCCCAGUAAUACUCAGCGUGUGUUGAAAACGCUUGGCCAAACUGUCUAGUUUACCCGAAAACCCAGAGAAGUUGCGUGUAUUUUGACAUGAAGGCGGCUCUGAGAUCAGGCCCUGACCCUGGAGUGCUGUUUAAGAACGAAAAGAAUUUCUGUUCCAAUGCCCUUAUGCUGUCUAUGUUAUAUUAACAUAACAUGUUAAAGCAGUCGAGCUGGCAAUGGCUGUUUCACCAUCUUUUCUCCCGCCGUUUCGGUUGUGCGGGGAAGUAUCGAGGAGUAGCCCGCGUUUUUGAGAGAGGAUCGAAAUGUCAGAAGCCCAACUGUUUAAAUCUGUAGAGAUAAACGUGAACAUUCAACUUCCUGCCUUGCACAAUAGAAACGGGCAGCUUCAAUUGUCUUCUGUUGCACUGUUCUGUUUAUUUGAAUGUGAUCGCUGCACAUCCACUGAGUGACUUCAUCUGAACACUGAAUCAAUGUCCCUCCCUCCCUCCCUCCCCACCCUCUCUCCUUCUCCCCCUCCGCCCCGCUCAGUUUAAUCCUUUCUAACGGUAACGGUAGCAUCCCAUGUGUUUCGAGGAGGAUGGGACCAAACUCUUCUGUAGAAAACAGUGUGCGCGUUUUUACCAUAGACGGUUCCAUAGAUGGUGAUUGUUUGGAACGUUUACCUGUGCGACCUCAAAAACCCUGACGUUAGGCCCCCCGCCACCUCCACACUCCAACCCACUCCCAGCCUUCCCUGAUUCUACGCUCAAAUGCGAUAGACUUUCGGGGUUCUUGUUUCACAUUUAAGUGACGCCCUGACUUCCCAAGCAGGGAGCCACACUCGCAGCUACUGCAGGGGGCCAAGAAGCGACUGGUUGACCUGGCUCCUCGGCCAGGAUCCCUCUGAGCCGAGGGCGGGGGCCCGGGCUCACCGACUGAGCCUGAGCCCCACCCCCCGUACCAGCUGCCCCCUCACCCUUCGGUCCCCCGAGGAGCCUCCUUUUUUCUGAAACCCAGUUGCGGUUAGGAUGGGGGAGUUGACCAAAGAGAUCCAUCUAGCGUUCCGCAGUUUCCGUUGGCACUGCCUUACCCUAAAUCAGAUUCCAAAUCUCCAGACCCAGAGGAGGAUGGACCUGCCUCUGCCCAGGGAGCCCAGACUCCCGGCCCUGAAAGAGCAGAAUGGGCAUUCCCACUGCCCCCGUCAGGGGGGCUAGCGAUUUUCCCCACCCCGGUGCCCUGAAACCUUUCCGACAGAGUGAAAGGUGACGGGAACCAUUUCUCCCCCACUCCCAAAAUUCAUGUUGCGAACUCCAGGGGUUUGCUGCUCGGACGACUGAUUCAGUUAUUUCUUUUGAAAGUUUUGCUGCUACUAAGUACUAACAUUUUAAUAUAUUUCUUUUUGUAUAGUAUGUGAAUUUUAAAACUUUUUUUAUAUUAUGUAACUAGUGCUGGAACACCUUGGUUACAAGUGUCUUAAGUCUUCAUAAGCCAGUGUUUGUUAAAUUAACUUGGUUUCUGUAAGCAUUUUAAUUGUUGGUUUAUGAUAAGCUGUGACUUCAGAGGUGAAAAAUCGGUCCUCAGAUGUAAAACUCUCACGCACUGGAUACCACUACGGCUGAACUCGGAUGCGAUGAAUUCACUUCAGAAACAGAAAUUGUGUUUUCUAUGUGGCAUUUUCUCUGUAGAAGAUAGGGAAUGUUUAAAGUUCUGGUAACACUUCCAUGUAUGGGUGUGCACUGUGUAGUCCUGUGAUGACGUGAACUGAAUGUGAGUGUUGUAAAUUAUGGGUGAAAGGUGCUCUGACAGUUUAAGAAAAUGUCCCUGUUUUGGAUGGCACGUUUCAUUUGGGAAUCAUUUUAUUUUACCACUGAAAGGCCAGUUAAAGUCGAUCAUGCUUUUAUACCCCUCCUCUUUAGCCCGAGAGUGAAUUAGUUCACGACUGAGCUCUCGUUCAUCCUAACUGCUCUGCGCAAGUCGAGUUCAGUGAACGAUUGGUCGCUGAUCGGUGGCUGUGGAUUUUUGCUUCUAAAUGAUUUGGAAAACCAAGGCUGGAGUGCGGGGUGGUUUCCCCCUUGGUUUCUGUUGAACCCCUCAGGACUGGAGUCGUGAAGCUGGGGAAAUGUGAAUGCAGUGAGGAAGAUGGAAAUGUGGCUCCUGGAACUGAUUCUCAAAAGGAGAGGUGUUAAUUGCAGUGGUGGAGGCCAGAGAGAAGGACGCUGUCUGUUGGCUUUCCAGCCAUUCACAGCCAAGUGGGCUGAUGGUGUUGAAUCCAGGUGGGCUUGUGACAGGAGACCUCAGGUCCUCUAUGUUGAAAGAAGCCCCCGACAUUUCUCUGGGGACUCCAGCUGCGCAGGCUCCAGCAGCCCCGGCUGAGAAAGGGCACCCAGUCUUUCGAGUAAAGAAAUAUCCCCCAAAUGAGCCUGCUUUCCAGCUAAACGCAGGCUUCAGGAAACUGACCUGGAGUGGGGCCUUUAGCUGAAAGUUCCUCUCCUUCCUUCUCCAUUGAAAAAGGGCCCCGGACCAAUCAGGAACCGAGACCUCGGACAGGCGGCUAGUGCCGAGACGGCUGCCUGCCCGCAGAGCCAACUGCAACACCUCUGCCCGGGAAACCCAGAGGGCGGGGGCGUGCUUCCAUUUCCUGGUCCCAGACCAGGCCGCGGCGUGGCCGACGGUCAGUCCGUCUGUCCGUCCAUCUGUCCUCCCUGCAUACUUUCAGUCGCAGCCUGUUUCCGGGGGACUUGUUUUUAGCAAGAUAUGUGAAGUCCCUUUGUCCCUAGGGAACCACCGGGUGGCGGCAGCCUUGAGUAUUUUUGCCGGCAGAAGCUUUCCUCCACGGCUCCGGGUCGACCCUCCCCGACUGCUGCAUGCCACGUCCCAUUAGGAUCCGUAGCGCUGGAACACUCAUUUAAGAAAGGUUUUAAUAAAGUUAAACCAAUCAUAAGGCCCGCCUGAUGGCCUUCUGUUUCCGGCUUCAUAACCCGCUCUGAGCGAUGCCUCUUCCCCCUUUGGCUCAUACCGUGGCAUCCCUCUCGCCCCGCCCCGCUAGAGUAUAGCAUGAUCAUUGCCUGCCCUUUGGGUUGCUGCUUUUAAGGGAAUCUUUCCACAUUACUGUUCCAGUUCCAUUCUUCCCAGUUCUUGAAUUGCUAGAAGAGGAAACCCCAGAUCUCCCUCAGUGCCUUUCACAAACGUACACUGCAGUCUGAACAGUCAAUUAUCGCAACUCUAGGAGGUGUUGCAACAACAAUGUAUAUAAGACACACAAAAAAGCCAACCAAGUUGUACAAUUUGCUUCAUGUUUAUGAUUUCUCUAAUUGGAAAGUCACAGUCAUUCUCUUUUAUGUAUAAAUUUUUAUUUGCCUAUGUACAUACCAGUAUUGUAUGCCUACAUGCAGCAUGUUCAUACCAAGAAAUAAAGGUCUUCACUCCUUGAA